UAAUUUAGAAAGAUAAAAAUGUGGGCUACUAUUUUGAAAUUAUGACGCUAUUGACCCGGAAAUAAAGGUAAAAAUGCUAGUAUAAUCAAUAAUAUAUAACCAUGCUAUUUGUUAAAAAUACAAAUAUUCAAUCUUUCAAAAAAAAAAAAAAAUUACAGUUCAAGCGAUAUUUGCCACCUCUAUCCGUACAGUCAACGUGACGUCACUUGCUUAUGGUAACACGUGAGAGGAGGAUAAAAGUUGAGCGACUGUGAACUUUAAACAUCAUCAGAAUCGACAUGGCAGCUCCAGAUGCAUUCAAAGUUUCCUCCCUGAAGGAUAAAGUCGCUCUGAUCACAGGUGCAAGUUCAGGGAUAGGAGCUGGAACGACGUUGCUGUUCGCUAAACUCGGUGCCCGGCUGGCACUGAAUGGACGGGACGUCGAGAAUCUCAGCAAAAUCGCACGAGAAUGCGAAGAGUGUGGCGCAGUGAAACCUUUACUAGUGCCAGGAGACUUAACUGACGAGGAUACUGUAAAGAAGACAGUUGAAGAGACCAUUGCGCACUUUGGAAAGCUGGAUGUCCUUAUUAACAGUGCAGGGAUCUUGGCUAUGGGCAGCAUAGAGACUACUGAUAUGGCCCAGUAUGAUAAGGUCAUGGCUGUGAAUGUCAGAUCUGUGUAUCAUUUGACUCGUCUGUGUGUGCCACAUCUCAUCAAAACUAAAGGCUCCAUUGUAAAUGUGUCCAGUGUCAAUGGACAACGAUCAUUUCCUGGUGUACUUGCCUAUUGUAUGUCGAAAUCAGCCAUUGACCAGUUUACAUGCUGUGUUGCUCUCGAGUUGGCACCAAAGCAAGUACGCGUCAACUCCGUAUGUCCGGGGGUUAUUGUAACAGAAGUUCACAAGCGUGCAGGACUGGAUGAAGAUCAAUAUACUCAGUUUCUCGAGAAGUGCAAACUGACCCACGCUCUCGGCAGACCGGGUGAAGUAGAGGAGGUGGCUAACGCUAUUGCCUUCCUGGCCUCUGAUGCUGCAACCUUUAUAACAGGUGUCAACCUUCCAGUGGACGGAGGUCGACAUGCUAUGUGUCCACGGUAAUGUUUUGGUGCCAUGCUACAGUUUUCACUGUAGUGUGUCUGUAAAAGCAAAAUAAACUAAUCUUUGCAUCAUGUGUUUUCUAAUGUACCACAUAAACAUUCGCAAAGAAAGCACUUUUAAUUUUGUAUCUGACAUUAUUUACUACAGUGUCGCAGCAAUGUUCGCAAAGUUGUUUACACAGAGGGAUUUAUGGCGACAUUUAAUACAGACAGAAGUGUUAAACACAGUGUUCAAUAACAGUUGUAAAGUAUACAGUUGGAAAUAUUACCAUAGCAUCCAUUCAUACAGUUAGCAUUUCAAAACUGAAACAUGGUCUGUUCAGAUAUACUGCAACAGUAUAUUAUAAUCUUUACAAAAGAUAUGAUACAAAUAAUGCCCCAGCAGCAUUCAGAGGAAACUCAAUACUAUAGUGUAUAUCCUUCAGCCUUAAAUGUGAAAAUAUGACAGUAAACCUGACUUUAAAUUUGUACAUGUAUGAGCGCAUCUUAUUUACAGUUUCCAGAGUUUUAAAUCUUGUAAAUCUUGUUUUACAUCUUGUAUAAUAAAGAGACCCCAUUGACUUCCAUUGUAUGGACAUAAAAUGGCUUAAAAAGUUUUAAAAUAUCUGCUUUCAUAUUUCACAGAAUAAACAGAUCCUGAAUGACAU